UCGUGAGACGCUAGAUGACAAAUCCCACCUGGCUAGCUAACGUUAUCUUAUCGACUCCAUUGAUAGCUAUUCAACAAGCAAUUUGAGGAUAUAUCAAAAACUCACUAUGGCGGGUGUAUUAGAUGCACUAUGGGAGGACAGAGAUGUUCGAUUUGAUAUUACACCGCAACAGAUGAAAACCAGACCCGGUGAAGUGCUCAUAGAUUGUCUAGAUUCUAUAGAAGACACAAAAGGAAACAACGGCGAUCGAGGAAGACUCCUGGUGACCAAUUUAAGAAUCAUCUGGCAUUCUGUCGCGUUACCAAGGGUUAACUUGUCUGUGGGAUACAAUUCUGUCAUAAACAUAACCACAAGAACAGCAAAUUCUAAACUAAGGGGGCAAACUGAAGCUCUCUACAUCCUGACCAAAUCAAACAACACAAGAUUUGAGUUUAUAUUCACCAAUGUAGUUCCUGGCAGCCCAAGACUCUUUACAUCUGUCAUUGCUGUCCACAGAGCAUACGAGACCUCCAAAAUGUACCGAGAUCUCAAACUGAGAGGAGCUCUCAUUCAGAACAAACAGCUGAGACUACUGUCACGGGAACAAGUUUAUGACAAAAUAAACGGAGUUUGGAAUUUAUCCAGUGACCAGGGCAACCUUGGUACAUUUUUCAUUACUAAUGUGAGAAUAGUGUGGCAUGCCAAUAUGAAUGAGAGCUUCAAUGUCAGCAUUCCCUACUUGCAGAUUCGCUCUAUAAGGAUUAGAGAUUCAAAGUUUGGACUGGCGCUUGUCAUCGAGAGCUCUCAACAGACAGGAGGGUAUGUACUAGGUUUCAAGAUUGAUCCGAUGGACAAGUUACAAGAUGCAGUGAAAGAAAUAAACUCUCUUCACAAGGUGUACUCUGCAAACCCAAUUUUUGGUGUUGAGUACGAGAUGGAGGAAAAGCCUCAGCCACUGGAUGAGCUAACGGUGGAGCAGCCUCCUGAUGAUGUGGAGAUCGAGCCAGAUGAGCAGACUGAUGCUUUCACAGCUUAUUUUGCUGAUAGCAACAAGCAACAAGACCGGGAGCCAGUAUUCUCAGAGGAGCUUGGUUUAGCAGUGGAGAAGUUAAAAGAAGGCUUCACAUUACAGGGACUUUGGGAAGUCAUGGGCUGAAAACAUAAAAGAGCAUGAAGCUGUUUUAAAUAGUAACAAGAAGGACCAGUUAAAUCUUUAUAUCAUCAGUGUUUAAAAUAAUGUAUCAGUUGGGAAAAAAGUUUAGAGCUCACAUUAUUGAUUAAAUGUUUAUAGGCAGAAUCAAGGCCUUUUCCCAGCAGAUUUAUUAUAAUAUACAGGGCUGGUCUUGCACAAACUAGAUUGAUGUGUGUGUGUGUGUGUGUGUGUUCAAAAUAUAAUGAAUAUCAUGUAGUUUUGCUAUUAUGCUAUAAUUAAAAAAUAUCCA